AUGUAUAAUGAGAUUCGAGGUAGUGAUGUUGAUAGGAACUGGAGAACAAUCUUUUUCCAUAACUAUGCCCGUCCUCGAGCUUGUUUCACUAUGUGGUUGGCUCUUUGGGGACGCCUUCCUACCAAGGACAGAUUGUACAAGAUAAAGAUCCUUACUGAUGGAUUAUGUAGUUUCUGUGGUAAUUCGGAGAGCAUUCAACACUUGUUUUUUACUUGUAGCUACACUGCCCAGAUAUGGCAAAGGAUCCUUACCUGGCUAGGCUAUAAAAGAAACAGUGGGGAUUGGACUAAGGAAAGUAAUUGGCUUAGCAUGGAAUCGAAAAAGAAAGGUUGGAGAAGGAUUUUGCUGAGAAUGGCUGCUAUAGAAUCUGUCUACCAACUUUGGCAAGCCAGAAAUGCACUUUGUUUUGAUCAAACAGUUCCGAGCCAGGAUAUGUUGCAGCAUAUUCAAACUGCAGUGAUUUUGCGGGCUCAGACCAAAAAGUGCUUAAAAAAUCAUGUUCAGCAAGCUAACUUGGAGAUUAGAUAG